CUACAUCAGAGGGGAGGAACAACAUUUGCAUAAUUCUAAAUGCGAGCGAACAAGUGACUAUAAAGUAACUCCCAAACCUCUCGGCGAAGCUUGUAAAGAAAGCUAAGCCCUUGCUCAGACUGGAAGUAUUUUGUCUACUAAGGCGAGGCAAACACAAGAGACAGCAAAGAUGACUUUUUAUGAUGGCCUUUACCCCUUCUAUCCAAUAACAAGGGCACCAGUGGUGUUCAAUACCAUCCAAAUUGUGGUUAUUAUUAUAUUUUUGGUCUUCCUGGUAGCUUUUCUCAUUGUACUCAUCGGCGUUCGUGGAACUGAAAGACUCCACGGGCUUGUAAAAUUAACUCUAAGUCUUUUCAUCGGAGUUGUUAUUGUUGUUGUUAACUUCACCAAUGACUGGGAAAGAGGAUAUGCCACAGUCAACACGACGUAUAAAUCAUUUAGCAAAAGUAACAUCAAUGCAGAAGUUGGGAUUCAUGUCGGAUUUUCAGGAGUAAAUAUAACCCUGAGAGGGCUCCCCCAAAACCAGCUGAAUGAAAUCAUCAACUACAAUGAAGAGUUUCUGUGGCAGCAUGGAGCAAACUACAAUAACGAGUAUCUAAAAGGGCUGGAGAGAGGUCUUCCGGAUCCAAUCUUGUACAUAGCAGAAAAGUUCACUCCAAGUAGCCCAUGUGGUGUUUAUUCGCAGUACAAGGUCUCUGGCACUUAUGCCUCAGCUACAAUGUGGGUUGCCCUUGUGGCCUGGAUGCUAGCCAAUAUCCUUCUGUGGCUCAAUGUCCUUUUAUAUGGAGCUUAUAUGAUGCUGGUAUCUGGUUUUUUCAUGAUAUUUUCAGUCAUCUCCUUUGGCACAACAAGGAAGACACCGCUCUGUGCUAUCCAGUUUGACCAAGUGAAAUUGGAGAGUGCUCUUGGCCCAUCCUUUUGGCUAUCAUUUGCAACAGCUUUGCUGUCUUUAAUAAUUGGAACAACCAUCAUUGUACUGAGCUUCUUCGCUCCAAAGGUUUUGAGCAGAAUAUUUCUAAUGAAUGACAGCAGCAAUGAUGAAGACUUUUAUGAGGUUAAUUACUAUAGUAUCAACUACCAGGAGCAAGUCAAGCCUAGCGAUGGCGUGCAAAUGAAAAGUCUGGAAGGUGCUGUAUAAUCAGUGGAGAAAAGAUUCCAUGUCUCUAAUGUGUAACUACAUGACAUCAACUUCGCAUAGUACUUGGACUGUAAUCCACAUCUGUGCCCUCUUAAAUUUCAGAUGUUAGAUGGAAGGAGAGAAACACUAAUAGUUUUAACCUUAUUUCUGUUUGACUAUAAAGAUGAAAACAGUUGUAACCUCCGAGAGGUGAACGAUCUGCUCUGUAGGUAUCUAAUUCUUGACAGCUCAAUUUGAGGUAUAAAUAAAAUGUGCAUUACUCGAACCUCAUGAGUUAAAUAUUACAACAGACAAGUUAAUGGGGGGGUCAGGAAGGUAGAAGAAACGAGCAGAGCAACUAUCCCAGCUUAAUGAAAAUUGGAGAACAGUCAGCAACUCACCACCUGAGUACUUUGAAUCCCAUGUUUGGACUUGAGUGUUGACUGAUUAUCCACACUCAGAAUGCUUUCCCGGGUAGGAGUCAUCUCUCCCACACAGCAAGCAGAGGAGAAGGCACACAAUGGAGUUAUAUUGGGUUCAUGUGGUGUCAAGUCUAAUAGAGAAGCAGAGGAGGAUGAGACUGAUAAACCACAACAAAACUUUAAGCCUCGUGACUCCUUAUCACACUUUGGAAUGGAAACAUUUCUGUUUUGUGAGGAGUUUGUCUGAACUAUUGUUUUGGACACAUAUAAUUUCCCAUUUAGUGAUUCACAUGAAUGUAGAUGAGGGAAGAGCAGAGAUUUGAUACAUUAAAUUGAGAAAAUGCAAUAGUUUUUCUACUAAAAUAUCAAUCUUGACUAAAUUUAAUGUGGAACCCAUACUGCCACUAAACAAACCUUAUAUACAAUAGUAGUCUAACGUUCUAUUACUCGUUGCAUAUUCCCUGUUUUCUGAGUGCGCUAUGUAUAUCUUUUAAUCAUAGAAGUGACCAUGGACAUUUAUAGUAUAGAACGAAGCCAUUGGGCCCAUUGUGUCCAUGCUGGUCAGUCUCACUUCCCAGAUUUUGAUGUUUGAUCCACGUAGCUUCUAAAUGUGUUGAAGGUUUCAGCCUACACUGCCCUCUCACGCAUUGAGUUUCAGACUCCCACAGCUUGUUGAGUGAAAUCAUUUAUUCUACCUCCCCUCUAAUCCUUCUAUUAACUUUUAUCGUGUGGGUUUGUGGUUAGCAGGAGCAAGGCUGGUCAUUGUCCAUUUGGAACUGAAUCUCCGGGAGUCACCCACCACUGCCCUCUCUCCCACAUUAAUCUGCAAACUGAAGCAGGCACAAUUCAGUCUGGUUGGCAGGAGGAGUUUGUUUUCAAGUUAACUGGCCGUAAACUUCAAUUUGCCUUUAUCCUUUGCACCUUUAUGUGAACAGGUACCUGCUCUGACAUAAUACCGCACUGCAAAACCUGUCUUUCUGGCCAAGACCUUGGUCAACCAUCUUAAUCUCAUGCAUUCUGGCAUGAGGUCAAUGGUUGGCUUAGUGCCUGUACCUUUCAGCUCCCUUGGAAAAUUCUUUGCACAGUGAACAGGAAUCAAUUCAAGCCAUUAUUUCUGUUUGUUCCCAUCGAUGUGUCUGGAGCCAAUGAUGUAUGUCCAUGUGUCAACAUCAUCUCACCCAUCACUGGUCCUAUCCAUCUUAUUCCCAAUUACUUUACUGCUCCCCCUUUUGGAAGGGGUGGCAUGGAUUCUGUCAAAGUAAUACUCUGUGACAACCCAGCCCCCAAUAGUUGCAAGCAUUGGAGGCAAUCACAUUUUCACAUGCUUUAUACUAUACGUACCUGUAGACUGUGAAAGGCAUCACAAUUUCUAAUUGAUUGAACAGUCAAGUGUAAAUGAGAGAGCAUGCCCAAAGUUGGGGACAAAGCAAUUAUUUUUUGCAAUCGUUACCUGUGUCAGAAGGAUUUGCUUUGCAAUUUAUUGGAUUCAAUAGAUGGAGAGACACUUUGCACUCAAAUUCAUCUCUGGCACAAUCUGCCUUUUUCAUUUGUUUGGACUUAAUGGAUUUGCAUAAACCUUUUACAAUAAAUGAAUGUGUAUGCAAAAUGAAGAAUAAUACUUUUCAUUCAUUUUUCUUGGCAGUCAAUGGAUCUGAACAUUGUUCUUUGUAAAUUUACACAUACUUUAUAAGAAUGUUUACUUUUUUAAAAUUUUAUAUUUGUUUAAAAAGUAAAUAAAAUGCCAUUGCUAUA